AUGGAGAAAGAAAACCGAACUGUGGUUGCAGAAUUUGUCUUUCUUCAUUUCACUAGCAUCCCAAAUCUGGAGAUGGUGUUGUUUGUGUUUUUCUUAAUCAUCUACAUCCUUUCUCUUAUGGGGAACCUGCUGAUAAUACUUAUUGUGGUGGUGGACUCCCGCCUGCAGACUGCCAUGUAUUUCUUUAUCUGCAAUCUGUCGAUGGUCGAGGUCUGGUACACCACUGUCACAGUGCCGAAGAUGUUAGAAAAUUUGCUGUCACAGAAGAGGACCAUUUCCAUUCCUGGAUGCAUCACCCAAUAUUACUUCUUCUUUGCCUUUGCUGCCAUUGAGCUGUUUAUCCUGACAGCCAUGGCUUAUGACAGGUACCUAGCAAUCUGCAACCCAUUACGUUACUCCACCAUCAUGAACCCUAAGACAUGUAGAAAUGUGGCUGUGAUGUGUUGGUUUGUGGGAUUCAUCUGCCCUUUUUUCCCCUCCUUCAUGUUAGCAAAAAUUUCCUUCUGCAGCCCCAAUAGGAUCAACCACUUCUUCUGUGAUGCUGGGCAGAUAUUUCGCCUUGCGUGCACUGACACUUACGCCAUCCAGGUGGUGGGCUACAGCUUCAGCUCUGUCAUUGUAAUGGCUACUCUUUUGUUUACUCUAAGUUCCUAUGUGCAAAUUGUAAUCACCAUAUUGAAAAUGUCUUCUGCUGCUGCCCGGAAGAAGACAUUCUCUACCUGUGCCUCCCACCUCUCUGUAGUCACCAUCUAUUUUGGGACUCUCAUUUUCAUGUAUGUACGCCCAGCAGUAAAAUACAAAUCAAAUGCCAACAAAAUAGUGGCUGUUUUCUACUCUGUCAUCACACCACUGCUGAAUCCAAUGAUAUAUACGCUGAGGAACAAGGAUGUGAAAGAAGCUUUGAAGAAAACCUUCCUCAGAAAGAAAGAAAGAAAGCAAACAAAAAGAAUAGUACUAAAACAGCUGAGCUGA